AUGUCCAUGAAAUUUUUUGCGGGUUUACAAGAUUUCUUGGGUUUGUAUGAUACGUCAUCAUCAAGCAGUGAACAACAGCAACAAGAGGAACAGCUAGCAUCAUCUACUUCAACAACAGCAACAACAUCAGCAGCAGUAGUAGUAGCAGCAACAAGUUCUUCAUUAUUAUCGCCACCUUUAGUAUCGUCAGUCAAUUCGGACUCUAUUGAAACCGAAGGUAAUUCAUUGAGAUAUAUUUCUGAUACCAGUAAGAACUUUACCGCCAUUCAAGACGAACAACAGCAGCUGCAUCACCAAAAAGUAACACUGGACGAUACGAAAGAAAUCACAGCAGCAGAAGGGAAGCUACGGCAAUUUUCCCACAGGCGAAAUGUCCAUUUUCCUGAUGUUAUUGUAACGGAUUUCUACGAUGCACCAACAAAUGUCUUCACUAAUAAGAAUACAAGUGACACCAAUGCCAUCAGUAUUUCCUAUUUGAAUGUUUGCAAACGUUUGCGAGUCGAUCCAAUCCAAGCUGUACAAGAACAAAUAGCCUGUUUUCAUCAAGUGAUGGGUGUACGCCAAGAAUGUCUCUCUUUAAAAGGUCAUCGUUUAUCUUCUACCGAUAUGGAGUGUUUGGAAGAAAUUUUCAAUAAAGUUCAGUUUGAUAUGCUUGAUUUCGAAUAUACUUUUCUGGAUGACGAUAGCGCCGUCUGUCUUGGAGAAAUGCUUGAAUUUUAUGAUUCUGCAGUGAAACUAAAUUUGUCCUUUAAUAAGCAAAUCAAUUUGCGGGGUUGGCAAGCCAUAUGUAAAGCUAUAAGAGAUGCACCUUCUAUGCAGUAUUUGAAUUUGCGCUACACGUCUUUAUCCGAUCGCGCCGUACCGCUGUUAGCGCGUGCUUUACGCUCUCAAUCGUCGUUAACUAUUCUACAUUUGGAAAACAUUUCCCUUUCUGGGCGAAAUUUGAUUUUAGUCGGAUGUGCACUGAAGGGAAAUACGGUAUUGCGAGAGCUUUAUUUGGGUGAGAAUAACCUGCAACCUGCAGAUGGUGCUCACAUUUAUCAGAUUAUCAUUACCAGUGUUUCAAUUCAAUUGCUUGACUUACGCAACAAUCAGUUGCAGGAUGGUGGUCUUCGUCAUAUUUGUGACGCACUAAGGCACCGUGACACAUUGAAAAAUAGUGCGUUAUCAGCAUUGGUAUUAUGGAAUAACAGAUUGACAAGUUGUGGAAUGGAAGCAUUGGCGCAAGCAUUGAUGGAAAAUAGUAAAUUAGAAACUCUGAAUAUUGGUAGUAACAGUCUGCUAUUGGAUGGUAUUGUUAAGCUGAAACCAGCGUUGCAGCAGAAUUGUAGUUUGCAGAGACUUGGCUUACAGGCUACAAAUCUUGACUGUCAAAGCGCAAUUGUGUUGGCAGAAUGUUUAGCGGAUAACAAAGUGAUGAUACGACUAGAUUUAAGGGACAAUCCAUAUAUUGGAUCGGCUGGCCUUUUAGCACUUCACCUAUCAAUGAAAAUGAACACUUCACUUACAGUUCUGAAUUUGGAUACAUCGGUUGCCCAGUCCAGUAAUUUAAAGGUUAAAGAAUAUCAGGAGCAAUUUAAAGUUUAUUAUGAGGAGAUUAAAAUGUUCUGCGAACGAAAUAAGGAAAUUGCGCUUAAAAAGCUCUCGGUUCUUACAACUGUCCAAGAUGGCACCGUUGUCACGGACAUGACGCAGAACGAAGAGAACACGGAAGAGAAGAAGGACGAAGAAAAGGAUGACGAGGAAAAGAAACAAGAAAAAAAAAUAAUGAAAAACGGGCAUAUUGAUAAUUUGAAAAUUGCUAAACAAAAAUUAAGCAUAACGUCAAAUAAUUCAGUUUGGUUGCUGGGUCGAUCUUCAUCUUUAACAUGCAGCGAGACCAUCGAUGACAUCUCAGAACGCGUUGCACAAAUGACUCAUUCAUUAGCACUGAUUGAGCAAAUUCCGGACAGCAUCACUACUAUCAAGAAACAAUCAGACGAAAGCUACCCUGCAUUGUUUUCCAAAAAUGAGCUGUUGAAAUGUCCAUCUCUUCCUUCAAUAACUGGAGAUCAUCCUGAAAAUGAAGUAAAAAAACCGGUGAAAAAAAUAUCACGGCGCUUCACAGUUUCUACUUCGAGCUUGAAUGAGACAAAUCCGCGAGAUGUUGCCCGAGUGAAGUCGCGAUUUAAGGUUGAACAGGUGGGUCCGUCGAUUCAAAAAACAGCAAAAGCUAAAUCUGACGACUGCAUUUCAUUGCAGCGGUCGUUUACUGAAAGUUUCGCAGUUAACACACAAGGAUCUGAAUUUUUAACUACGGAAGAUCCAACUUUAAAAGUCGAAAAUUUGACAGUUGAACAACUGAAAGACUCAGAAAAUUCUGGAUUUCUUGGUGUUGAUGGAUCAUCAGGAAGCUUUGGAUCUCAAAAUGGUGAGGAGAGAAUGAAAUGCGUGAUAUCUCAAGAUGUUCAGGGAAAAAGGGGAAGCUGUGAUACGAGAAAUGUAAUGAAUCCCCACGAAGAAGUGGUAAUUCAGCAGCCCGCAGUUGAGGAAAGUCUUCGAUCAGAUUCUAUGCAAUUCACUGCCGUCGUCACUUUACAACAUGGACCAGAUACGGCAUCAACACAAGAUUAUUUUGGAGAUGCCACAUUUGUGGUGAAAUGUAAGGAUAGUGUUGCCCAGAAACUUGAUGAUGAGAAAUGCUCUGCUUGCGAACAAACUAUUAGCAUGAAGCAUCCGAUCGAACAAUCAUCACAGGAAGUAAGGAAUAGAGACAGUAACAAUGUCACAUUGAAAUUUGAAAUGGCUUUUUCUAAUUGUUCUGCAGUGGAGGAUGAUUGGGCAGAUGCAGAUGUAAUAAAGGAAGUCGUCCGAGAUCUGAUUAAUUAUGUCGUUUA